GCGCAGCCUGCGGUCCACUCUCUGGCAGCGCCGCUGGCCCAGCGCGCCAGCCAGCCCCUGUCGGCCUCUGCCGUCUCCCAGCCGCUGUUAGCCGCCGCGCCGCGUCUCAUCAUGCCCGUGUCUCUGCUGCGGCCUCCGUAUCCAGUGGGAGGCGGCGAGGUGGGCGGCCGGCCGCUGCAGCUGGUGUCGGUGACGGCGCCCCGCUGCAGCGUGCAGCCGCCGCCCGGCCUGGUGCAGCACCAGCUGCAGCCGCCGCAGCCGCAGCCGACCGCGGCGCCACAGCCGCGCUUCCAGCAGGUGCAGUACCAGCUGGGCGCCGCCGGUCUGUUCGCCGCCGGCUCUCUGGCCAGCGGCUCGUACGGCGCCGGCCAGUACCCGCUGCUGCAGACUCCGCCGGCCGGCAAACGGCCGCUGGCGCCCGCCACCUGGUCCGCCGGAGCCGCCUCCUCGGCCCCCGCGCCCGCCGACCGACUGGCGCCCAUCAAACCCGUCCACCCGCACGGCGGCGCGGUGGCCGACUGGCGGCGCAGCGCCGACGCCGCCUCCAGCGCGGCGGCGCGGUUCGCCUCGCGCGUGCCGCCGCCGGGCCUGAUCCGUCUGCCGGCGAGCAGCGCGGCGCCUCCGCUGCACUACCCGCUGCCCUACUCUGGCCCGCUGCUGGCCGGCGCGUCUCCGUUCGCGCCGCGACUGGCGCUGCUCGGCGCCUCUCAGCUGCACGGCACCGGUGUGGCGGUGCUGAGCGCGCCGCCGGCCCGGCUCGAGCCGCCGCCGCCGCCGCUGCCGCUGCCGCGCGUCCCCACGCCGCUCACCUCGCCGGUCGACAGCAAGGCGGCGGUGCGCGCCCAGCUCAGGCAUGCGGCGGCGUUCGCUCCGGCUCCGGCGGCGGCCGGCAGGGCGGACGGCGGCGCUGGGUCGCCGGCCGACGUCAAGGUUCCGCUGCCAGUGGUGCCGCCGGCGCCCGGGAGGAUCCCGGUGCCGCCCGUGCCGAUGGCGCCGUCCAGGGACCGCGCGGUGCCGGGCCGGUCAGCUGCCGGUGCCCCGGGCCCGCUCGGCCCCGCUCCCUGGUCACCGGCCCACUCGGCCCGCUCGCUGGCGGUGACGACCCGACCCACCUCGGCGCCGACCGUCACCAGCUGCACGGCGGCCACGGCUCCCUCCUCACGGCCCGCCAGCGCCACACCGUCCCGGUCAGCCAACGUGGUGUCCCCGGCGGUGGCGCGGUCCCUGGCGGCGGCGGCGGGGGCUCCGGCUCACCCUCUGCCCGUACCACCGGCGUCCCGCGCACUACCGGUACCGGGCUCUGCUGUGCCGCCCCGGGUACCUCCCCCAGCGCCGGUCUCAGCCCUCGCUCCGGCGCCGUCCGUCCCCGUCCCCGCCCCCACUCAUCGUCCCCCUCAGACCGCUGUCCUUACCCAACCAGCGGUCCCGUCGGCGCCGGUCCGUGCCCAAGGCGCGACUCAGACAUCAGCCUUGCCUGCUCCUCCAAGGACUCCAACCCGGCCUGUGGCGACUCCGGAGAAGCCAGGUGCCGGCACCGUCCCCACGGCACCCUUGCCACCGGUGUCAGAGGUGCGAGCCCAGUCCUCUGUUCCGUCACAGAAGGUCUCCGCCACUCCGGCUGCGACUGCGGCGCCGUCCCCCGCCGUGGUGCCGUCCCUGACGAGCAGUUCAGGAGCCACCAGCACCGCGGCGGCGGUGGAGACUACAGGCAGCGGGAAAACGGAGAGCCGGCCGCAGAAGCGACCCGCUGAGAAGACGCCGUCUUCCAAGACAGCUCCGUCCGCCAAGAAGGCUGCAUCAGUGCCAGCCGCGGCCGCUAGUCCAGCAACUUCAACCUCAUCAGAGACCCCCUCCACACCUACUGCCACAAAACCCACACCCAAACCCUCAUCCAAAUCUUCCGACCGACCCACACCAGUUCCCAAACCCUCCCCCAAGUCCAGUCCGGCCGGCCGGCCUCCCACCUCCGCCGCGCGCGGUAAGAAAAAGGCCGGUGACGAGGCGGCCUCCUCGUCCUCCGAUGCGGAGCGGCUCUCGGCGGCCUCUCCAAUGUCCCCGGCUGCGCGCGGGAGGCGCCGGUUCGACCGCGAGGAGGACUCUGGCAGGGAGUCGACCCCGCAGAGCAGGAGGUCCUCGCAGAGCCCCGCGCCAGCCAAGCGGGCGCGUAAGGUGUCGACGAUGGAGCUGGGCGUGCUCCAGGAGGUGCCCGUGUUCCGUCCCACCGAAAAGGAGUUCUCCGACCCGCUCCGCUACAUCGAGAAAAUCAGACCCGAGGCCGAGCAGUACGGGCUCUGCCGCGUGGUGCCGCCGCCAGGAUUCAAGCCCGAAUGCCGCGUGGACGACGACAUGCGUUUCGUGGCGUACAACCACUACGUGCACAAGGUGUUCCGCCGGUGGGGGCCCAACUUCCGCGAGCUGCUGGCCAUCCGGCGGUACCUGGAGCAGCAGCAGAUCGACAUGGACGACCUGCCGCUGGUGGGCGGCAUGGAGAUCGACCUGCCGGGCCUCUACCACACCGUGCAGAGACUCGGAGGGCUCAACGACGUGAUCGCCGGCCGACGCUGGCCGGCCGUGGCCGAUCUGAUCCACAUGCCCAAGUGCGCGCAGGACCGGGCGGUCAAACUGGAGCAGAUCUACCUCAAGUACCUGGUCGGGUACACCAUGCUCACGGAAGACGAGAGGAAGCGCCUGCGCACGGAGGUGGAGACGGACUGGCACCGGCGCGAGCAGCAGGCCCGCUGCCGGCAGCUGCAGACCGACGACGAGGACGAACAGGACAGUGACGAGGAUGACGACGACGCCGCAGAGUGCAUCGUCAAGGGUAAAACGGUCAGCCUGGGCGCCUUCUACCGCGUGGCGAGGAACACCGCCUCGCUGCUGUUCAAGCAGAGUGACCCGAAACCGGAACUGGUCGAGGAUGAGUACUGGAAGGUGGUGAACGAGCGGGACCGGCACAUCUGCGUGUACUCGGGCAGCGUCGACUGCGGCGCGCAGAGCUACGGCUUCGUCUGUGACAAAAAGUCGCAGACCUCGCGGCUCGCCUGGAACCUGAAGGUGCUCAGCAACAACCCGGGGUCGAUCCUGCGCUCCAUGGGACAGGUCAUGGGUGUGACUGUACCGACUGUGCACAUGUCGAUGGCGUUCACCACCGGCUGCUGGUACUCGGACCCGCACUCGCUGCCCUGGAUAGAGUACCUCCACACCGGGGCGUCAAAGGUGUGGUACUCUGUGCCGGCCUCGGGCGGCGAGGCGCUGCGCCGGGAGCUCACCGAACUGAUGCCCGGAUACCUGCGACAGCACCCCGUGUGGCUACCCUCCGAUACGGCCAUGGUGCCGCCCGACCUGCUGGCUGAUAGGGGCGUUCCUGUGGCUCGCGCCGUGCAGCAGCCGGGCGAGUUUGUCGUCUCGUUCCCCCGCGCCUUCACGGCCUCGGUCGGCACCGGCUACACGCUCUCCGAGUCGGUGUUCUUCGCCACGCCCGACUGGCUCGCCUCCGCCACUGACGUAUACGAUAAGCUGAAGUUGAGCGGCGAGCCGGGCGUGUUCUCGCUGGACCGGCUGGUGCUGGGCGUCUGCUCUGACCCGCGCGCUUCGCUCGAGGCCCUGGCCCGCUGUCAGCCGCUGCUGCUCGACCUGCAGCGGCAGCAGCACGAGCAGCAACAGCGACUCCAGCAGCUCGGCAUCACCGACCCGGUGAAGAUAUCGGCCAAGAAGGGGGGCCGGUCGCGCAAGUCGGCGGCGCUCGAGGAGGACGACAAGGAGUGCGACGUCUGUAGGAGGACGCUCUACUCCGCCAUGGUCGAUAACCCCUCCGAGAGCGUGGUCUACUGUCUGGAGGAUGCCGCCGAGCUGCUCAGAAAGCCCGGCUCCAAACUCGAGGGGCUCAAACUUCAGCUCAUGUAUUCUCAGAGCGAUUUCGAGGAGCUCAUUCAUCAGGUGGACGAACGGAUCGCCGAGCUCGGAUCGAAACAGAGCUCGGCCAAAAAGAAACAGAAAAAGUCGGCGGCCUGAGCAGCUGCUGCGGCGCCGGCGCCUGGUGAUGAUCUCAGGGGAUAGAGGUGGGCCAGUACCGGCCGCCAGAGCCGCCGGUACUGCAGCCGCCGCCGCGUUACGAGUACUUAGUUGGGUCGCUGCACCGCCGACCUGUACAAACCAACGACGCAUGCUAGUGUUUUAGUGCGUAUAUUAAGUUGUGUGACAAUAAUUACGCGGGCAUUAUUUUCGAUUGUCCGAAUUUUCCAGCCAAACCAGUGAGCUGUCGAUUUGAGCUGUUUUUAUGUCGAGUCUCGUCUUUUUUAAGAUUGUGUGGAAAUCGUGUUUGGUAAUUGGCACUGGACAGUUCAUUGCUGCGUGUUUCUUAUAUUCUUAUUAUGUCGGGCGGGGCUCGCGGCUGUCUCGCCAUGUUGUAAUGCGCGGAGGUCCGGGGAUAUCGAGGGUUGUCGGUUGCGGAGAGUGCCCCCGACCGGCGGGGCCCCGACUCUCACAGUUCGAACAGGAACUGACGGAGAAUCAGAGAGAGAAUGUGUGCUUUCAUCGAUAGGCCUGCUGAGCGCUGUCUGGCCGCUGCGUUGGUGAGAGGUCUGUGUUGGCUCCCGGCGUCUCGCGUGUCCCUCUGUCUAUCCCCCCUCUACCUGUGCCCCUCUGUGCCCGUUGAGCCGCUGUUCGGACCCCUCCCCCCGCCCCGCCCCGCUCUUCGCUGGGAGGGCUAGGUGACGCGGUCCCUGCCGGCGGCGGUGACGCGCGAGACUGUCUUUCCCGGUCGGAGAACAAUAUAUAGCGUAGACUAUA